AGAGAGGAGGCGGUGGCUUCCGGGAGCUGGCACGGCCUUUUCCUCUGGCUCCUGCCAGGGAUUUGGGUUAGGGCUUCAGCUGUCUGCGUCCUCGGCUCCGGGAGGCCGCGGGGAUUCGGCCGCAGCCUCAGCUUCCCGUCGCUCUGUGACCUGCGGGUAUUGGAUGAUUUGUAGCUAAGACUCCUGGAUCCCCUGAAGUGGGAAAAUGGAACUCUUAACAUUCAGGGAUGUGGCCAUAGAAUUCUCCCCUGAAGAGUGGAAAUGCCUGGAUCCUGCCCAGCAGAAUUUAUAUAGAGAUGUGAUGUUGGAGAACUACAGAAACCUGGUCUCCCUGGGUUUUGUGAUCUCCAACCCAGAUCUGGUCACCUGUCUGGAGCAACUAAAAGAGCCCUACAAUUUGAAGAUACAUGAGACAGCAGCCAAACCCCCAGCUGUGUGUUCUCCUUUCAGCCAAGACCUUUCACCAGUGCAGGGGAUAGAAGAUUCAUUCCAAAAACUUGUACUGAGAAGAUACGAGAAAUGUGGAUAUAAGAAUUUACAAUUAAGAAAGGGCUGUAAACAUAUGAAUGAGUGUAAGGUGCAGAAAGGAGUUAAUAGUGGAGUUUACCAAUGCUUGUCAACUACCCAGAGCAAAAUAUUUCAAUGUAAUACAUGUGUUAAAGUGUUUAGUAAACUUUCAAAUUCAAACAAACAUAAGAUAAGACAUACUGGAGAGAAACCCUUUAAAUGUACAGAAUGUGGCAGAUCAUUUUACAUGUCACACCUAAUUCAACAUGCAGGAAUCCAUGCUGGAGAGAAACCCUACAAAUGUGAAAAAUGCAGCAAAGCCUUUAAUAGGUCGACAUCACUUACUAAACAUAAGAGAAUUCAUACUGGAGAGAAACCCUACACAUGUGAAGAAUGUGGGAAAGCCUUUAGACGGUCCACAGUUCUGAAUGAACAUAAGAAAAUUCAUACUGGAGAAAAACCCUACAAAUGUGAUGAAUGUGGCAAAGCCUUUACAAGGUCCACAACGCUGAGUGAACACAAGAAAAUUCAUACUGGAGAGAAACCCUACAAAUGUAAAGAAUGUGGCAAAACCUUUAGAUGGUCCACAAGCCUGAACGAACAUAAGAAUAUCCAUACUGGAGAGAAACCCUACAAAUGUGAAGAAUGUGGCAAAGCCUUUAGACAGUCCAGGAGUCUGAAUGAACAUAAAAAUAUUCAUACCGGAGAAAAACCCUACACAUGUGAAAAAUGUGGCAAAGCGUUUAACCAAUCCUCAAGUCUUAUUAUACACAGGAGCAUUCAUUCUGAACAGAAACUUUACAAAUGCGAAGAAUGUGGCAAAGCCUUUACUUGGUCCUCAUCCCUUAAUAAACAUAAGAGAAUUCAUACUGGAGAGAAACCAUACACAUGUGAAGAAUGUGGCAAAGCCUUUUAUAGGUCCUCACACCUUGCUAAACAUAAGAGAAUUCAUACUGGAGAGAAACCCUACCCAUGUGAAGAAUGUGGCAAAGCUUUCAACCAAUCCUCAACCCUUAUAUUACACAAGAGAAUUCAUUCUGGGCAAAAACCUUACAAAUGUGAAGAAUGUGGCAAAGCCUUUACACGGUCCACAACACUGAAUGAACAUAAGAAAAUUCAUACUGGUGAGAAACCCUACAAAUGUGAAGAAUGUGGCAAAGCUUUCAUAUGGUCCGCAAGCCUGAAUGAACAUAAGAAUAUUCAUACUGGAGAGAAACCCUACAAAUGUAAAGAAUGUGGCAAAGCUUUUAACCGGUCCUCAGGCCUUAUUAUACACAGGAGCAUUCAUUCUGAACAAAAGCUUUACAAAUGUGAAGAAUGCGGCAAAGCCUUUACUCGGUCCACAGCCCUGAAUGAACACAAGAAAAUUCAUUCGGGAGAGAAACCCUACAAAUGUAAAGAAUGUGGCAAAGCCUAUAACUUAUCCUCAACACUUACUAAACAUAGGAGAAUUCAUACCGGAGAGAAACCCUUCACAUGUGAAGAAUGUGGCAAAGCCUUCAAUUGGUCCUCAUCCCUUACUAAACAUAAGGUAAUUCAUACUGGAGAGAAAUUCUACAAAUGUGAACAAUGUGGCAAAGCUUUUCAUCGGCCCUCAACCCUUACUGUACACAAGCGAAUUCAUACUGGCGAGGAACAUAGUUGAAUGACAUUUCUAGUACUCUCUUCUAGUGUCUUUAAACAGCAAAUAAAUUGAAGAAUAUUGUUCCCAUAUAAACUUUUAUUAUUUGUCUUAUUUUAAAUUUUUAAAAAUUUCUGUAGAUACAUAGUGUGUGUAUAUAUUUAUGGCUUAUUUGGGUUAUUUUGAUACAGGCAUAUGACAUGUAAUUAUCAUAUCAGAGUAAAUGAGUUGUUCAUCACAAGCAUUUAUUCUUUGUAUUACACAGUCCAGUUAUACACUUUUUUAUUUUAUUUUAUAUAUAUUUUUUUUAAUUUUAUUUUAUGAGACAGAGUCUUGCUCUGUCACCCAAGCUGGAGUGCAAUGGUGCAAUCUUGGCUCACUGCAACCUCCAUCUGCCAGGUUCAAGGAAUUCUCCUGCCUCAGCCUCAUGAGUAGCUGUGACUACAGGCACGUGCCACCAUGCCUAGCUAAUUUUUGUGUUUUUAGUAGAGAUGAGGUUUCAUAAUGCUGGCCAGGAUGUUCUCAAACUCCUGACCUCAUGAUCUGCCCACCUUGGCCUCCCAAAGUACUGGGAUUACAGGCGUGAGCCAUCGCCCCCGGCCACUUUAAUUAUUUUUAAAUGUACAAUUUUUUUUUUACUACAGGUCGUUUUAUGAUUAUAAUAAGUAUAUAAGUAUAAUUCACACAUUUAUAAGUCAUUAAUGCUUUUUAAAAAGUUCCAUAUUUAUCUUUGAACAUGCAGCAUCUCUUUCUGCAAAUAAAUAUAGACUUUGGUUUUGAUUGACAU